UCUUCCUUAUUCUCUUCCCCCCUCUGCCGCCUCAACCACUGUCGUAACCUUCCCCCUCCUCCUUCGCCGCAGCAUUCUCCUCUGUACAGAUAUGAAAUUAGCUUAGAUUAAAAUUUCUUUGGGGGGUUUUGGGGUUUUCGUCUUUGUGAUCUGUUCUUUUUUUUCUUUUCAAUUUUCCGAUGGCUUCUACGAGGAAAGAUAUGGAUCGGAUCAAAGGUCCAUGGAGUCCAGAAGAAGAUGAAGCUUUACAACGUUUAGUACAAACGUACGGGCCAAGGAAUUGGACUUUGAUAAGUAAAUCAAUUCCGGGUCGAUCCGGGAAAUCAUGUCGGUUACGAUGGUGUAACCAGCUUUCACCGGAAGUUGAACACCGGCCUUUUACCCCCGAAGAAGAUGAUACUAUAAUCCGAGCCCAUGCUCGAGUCGGUAACAAAUGGGCUACCAUAGCUCGUUUACUCAACGGCCGUACCGAUAACGCCAUUAAAAACCACUGGAACUCGACGUUAAAGCGAAAAUGCUUGUCGAUGACCGAAGGUUUUAACGACGAUUCCCCUCAGCCGCUUAAACGAUCCGCCAGUGUCGGAACCGGCAAUCCAAGUAGUCCGUCGGGAUCCGAUUUGAGUGACUCGAGUUUACCAGCUCCCUCACCGGUUUUCAAAACUGGUUCUGUAGUCCCUUCGAGUCAACAUGUUGAAACAGCUUCAUCGGCAACCGACCCACCUACUUUACUCAGCCUCUCGUUACCCGGUUCUGACUUUUCCGAACCUGUUUCUCCACCCGGAUUCAAUCCGACCCAAGUGACCACACAGGCUCCGGCACCGUUCCCAGCUCCGGUGGAGAAGCAGUUUUUCAGUGCCGAGUUUUUUGCAGUAAUGAAAGAGAUGAUAAGAAAAGAAGUGAGGAGUUACAUGGCGGGGAUUGAGCAAAAUGAGCUUUGUUUACGAACGGAAGCUAUUAGAAACGCUGUUGUUAAGCGUAUUGGAAUUAGCAAAAUCGAGUAGGGGAAGCAGAGAAAAAAAAUGUCUUUUUUUUUCUUUUUUCUUUUUUUUUUUUAAUUGGUGUUGAGUUAUUUUGGUUAUAGAAAUAAUCAUUUUGGUAGUGUACAGGGGAAAAUUAGGAGUUAAAAGAAAGGGGAAAUAAAUAUAAAAUGGAAAUGAGAAUGAAAAGGAUGAAGAAAGAAAGGCUCAAAAUUUCCAUGAACUGAUAUUGCAAAUAUUCAUUUUAUUUUUCAGAAGUAAUGGUAAAGGAGGGUUUAAUUAGAAGCUUUUAAAGUUUUAAGGAUUAAUUUGGAAUUUAAAUUAUAAUUUUGGGUUUCAUUAAGGAAGACAAAGAUAUCAAUAAUAUUUAAGUUGGGGUUAGUUAUAGUUAGAUAGGCGAUAUUAUUGGGACACAAUCCUCAUAUCAUGGAAGAGAAAAUAAGAGUUUAUGGACCUAAUUAGUAUCCCUAUUUGAAUUAAAAAUGUUAUUGGAAGUUCUCCUUUCUCGUUCUUUUUAUAAAAUAAUUUUAAAUGUCA